UAUGGACACAGAAAAUUAAUAAUAAAAUAUUAUUCUAACAAAAGAACUUGACGAAUGGUUAAGUAAAACAAUUUAGCCUUAUUAACAAAGAAUAGAGCUUCUUGAAAAAAGCUAAAUGUAAAAAGAUGCUUAAAUACUUUCUUUAAAAUUAGCCAUUUAAAAAAUGAAUGAACUCUUAUUAACUUUUGAUAAAAAAUCUGCUACUAAUACAUCUCAUAUACCUGCACCUUCUCAUCAUAUACCAGCUUCUAAAUUAUCUGUUAAAAAAAAAGAAAAUUCUCAUCCUGUUAUUAAAGGAAAAAAAAGUAGUGAUAAUAAAAAUACAAAAAAAUAAGAUCAAAAUGAAGUAAAAGAAUAAACAAUAGAAAAAAAAGAAUACAUAAAUGAAGUUAAUGGUAAAAAAGAAGAAAUAAAAAAAGAAGAAGUUAUUGAAGAUCCUAUAGUAUAAAUUGAAAAAAAAUAAGAUAAAAAUGAAGAAAUAAGUGUGUCAUUAAAUAAAGAUAUAAUAGAAAAAUAAAUAAAUGAAGAAUAAUUAAAAGAAAAUUUUGUUAGUGAAUAAAAAUAAGAAUCAUAAAAUUAAGAUGAUGAUGAUGAAAUUAUUUGA